GUCUUGGAGUGCGUCUGCCGGGCGCCCCUUUGUGGGGCCAAGCUCUUUGCAUCCGCCCUGGCGGCUUUGGGUUACCACAUUCUGGGCAGCAAGGGCGUGCGUGGUCGUCCUUUGAAGAGUAUCAUUGGCUGGACCCUGGACUUGCCUCACCGCACCGAUUUCAAGGUGGAGCCGCCGGCCCAGCUGAUGAAGGCCUUCGAGGACGCCCGUGAAGCCUGGCAAAGGCAAAAGGAAGCUGCGGCGCGGCGGCUUCCGACCGCCAAGGAGCGAAUGGCACGCAGUGAGGCUGCGGAAUCUGCCCUCCAGAUUGCCUAUUCCCAGGGUUCGGAACUCUUCUGCAGCCACCAGUUCCGCGUGUCCGAGUCGGUGAUGGUCCCCCGCCGGGGCACGGAGGCGGUGGCACAGAGGGCCGCGCAGGAGCUCAAGGUUCUCAAAGGAUCGGGUCCGCGCCGUUUGCUGGACCUCGGGACGGGAAGCGGGUGCAUCGCCAUCUCUGCUCUUCUUGCUCUCGAGGAGGGCUGCGAAGCCGAAGCCGUCGGCUUGGACAGCAGCGCCGAGGCUUUGGCUGUUGCCCAGAGCAAUGCUGAGAACUUGCUGCGGACGCCGCGACAUUUCCGAGGGGUGGAGGCGUGCUUUUCGGACCUCGGGUCUCCCAGCUUGGCCAGGACCUUGAUGGACUCGAACCAUGCCUUCGAUGUGGUGGUCGCCAACCCUCCAUAUCUCACCCGGGCGCAGGCCUCGGAGCUCCUGGGGCCCAAAGCGGAGGCCAAGGAGCCCUGGCAG